AUGUUAUCGAUAAAGCACAACACGCGCACUGACAGUUCGGACAAACAAUCACUGGACAAGUUUCAAGCCGGUCCCGUAGAGUACGUUGAAUCGAGACGCGCCAUGAGUACGAUUCAUAUGCACUGGAAGAGUCUAAGGUGUGUUAUGGUGCGUUUCGAGAAUAACAAUAACGGAGCGUCCGCGGUCGCGACACAAAACGAGACCGCUUCCCUCGACGUCGGGCACAGACUGAGCGCCGAGGACGCCGCCGACCGUAUGGCGACUGGU